AUGGCUCAGAAUAAUCCCAGCCCACAGGGACCAUGGAAGAUCACAGUAUACGACCAGGAGAACUUCCAGGGAAAGAGACUGGAGUUUACCUCAGCCUGCCAGAACAUCAUGGAGUGUGGAGUGGACAACAUCCGCUCCUUGAAGGUGGAAUGUGGAGCCUGGGCAGGAUAUGAGCACUCCAGCUUCUGUGGACAGCAGUUUGUGUUGGAGAGAGGAGAGUAUCCACACUGGGAGUCAUGGAGUGGCAGCAAUGCCUACCACAUUGAAAGGAUGAUGUCUUUCCGCCCCAUCUGCUCUGCUAACCACAAGGAUUCCAAGAUGAUUUUGUAUGAGAAGGAGAACUUCAUGGGACGUCAGUGGGAGGUCAACGAUGACUACCCCUCUCUGCAGGCCAUGGGCUGGGCCAACAAUGAAAUUGGAUCCAUGCAAGUUCAGAGCGGCUCCUGGGUGUGCUACCAGUUUCCAGGCUACCGUGGCUACCAGUACAUCUUGGAGUGUGAUCGCCAUGGUGGCGAGUACAAACAUUACAGAGAGUGGGGAUCCCAUGCUCAGUCCUUCCAGGUGCAGUCGCUUCGUCGGAUCCAGCAGUGA